UUGGCAGAUGUUAAAACAUCAAACUCCAGAAAACUACUGCUUAAUAUUCAUCUGAACACUCCACUCCUGACAACAUGUGUUACUACGGAGGAUAUUAUGGAGGCCUGGGCUGUGGCUAUGGUGGCCUAGGCUAUGGCUAUGGCUGUGGCUAUGGCUGUGGCUAUGGUGGCUAUGGUUAUGGCUGCUGCCGCCCACUGUGCUGUGGAAGAUACUGGUCUUAUGGCUUCUACUGAGGACAUUGUGCAGACACCCAGCCUUUCUAACCAGAAGAGCUUCCAAGUAUUUUCACAUCA